AUGUGGCUGCUUCACUACAAUUCCUUCGCCUUCUUAGUUUGCACACUCUAUGUAUUCGGUAUACAUACCAGCGUUGUUGCAAGUGAAAAUAUGGAUACAGUUACACCCAGCUUGCCGGAUCCUUAUUUGGUUAAACCGACGCGUGAGAGUUUUACCAAUACGCCACGUCCAAGUGGCGCAAGCCAAGUAACCGCCGAUUGUUUGGCGAACUCACUCGAUUCGGAUUCGAUUUAUUGUCGUGGUUCGCGUGCAAUUCGCAAUGUUAUUCAGAAUUUAAAUCGUCGCGAUAAGCCGUUAGUGUUGAUGCGUGGUCUUGAAAUUGUGCCAAUCGCAUCGGAGAACAGUGUCACAUCCACAGAGUCCACGCUCGAUGGGGACGAAUCCUUUUUGGGUUGUGUUUCGGAGUAUUUGCGUAGUCACGAAUUGAAUAUUAAUUUUGCCGAUUUGCUUGCCGACGAGAGUGAGCGCUAUUUGGCUUAUGAUUUAGCGCGAAACGGUCAAACCCAAGCUGAUGGCAGUCAAGAGGCACGCAAGAAAGACAAAGGACAAGGCGUGAUUUUAGCCAUGGCACUGAUGUUUGGCAAAAUGCUGGCAGUGAUGGGCUUAGGUGGUAUUGGCGCGAUGGCAAUGAAGGCGCUCGGCGUUGCAAUGACUGCCCUGAUGAUGGCGGGGUUGGUAGGAUUAAAAUCAUUAAUGCAACAUGGUCAUGAGAGCAGCCAUAGUGUGCAGUAUUUAACGAGUGAAGGACACCAUCACAUGCGACGCAGACGCAGCGGCACUGAUUCUUUGGGAAUGGCUUAUCGCGGUUGGUUGCAGCGCAAUAUCCAAAGAGAGCAGAAAGUUGCGGGGGAAAUGCGUAAUUAA